AGGUCCCCAGACUGCUGGACCGAGCUCCGUGCUCAGUUGCCCCGGGCCGGAGGAAUCCAGAGGCAUGGCCGCGGGGGCGCCUGCUCGGUUCCAGAUACCGCUGACAUUUGAUGAUGUGGCCAUGUAUUUCUCUGAGGAAGAAUGGAGAAACUUGGAGGAUUGGCAGAAGGAACUUUAUAAGAACAUAAUGAAGUCCAAUUAUGAGACUUUGGUCUUCUUGGGCUUUGCCAUUCCCAAGCCAGACUUGAUCAUCUUGAUUGAACAGGGGAAAGAGCCAUUCAUCAGAAAUCUGGGAAACUUGGAGAGAACAGACCUGGUAGUCAGCACCAAUGCUAAUGAUCUUCUCAACUUGGAGAGCACAAAGGGGCAGCUGUUUUGGGAGGAUGAGGGGUCUAUGAAUUCACAAGAGGAAAAGCACUAUUUUUAUGAUUCUCAAAACCAGGACUUACCUGAAUCAUUAUCAGGAAAAAGAAGAGAAGCUUUCUUUACACUUGGUCAACAAGGCUCUUAUUUAAGGAGCCCAUAUAACCAAGAUUCACAGUCUUUGGCUCCAAAAGCCCACAACAUCAAGAAAUCCAACUCAUAUAAGAGAGACUUGAACCACAAAACUGAGGGAUCCCUUUCCUUCCAGAAAAAUUUCAAGAGCCACAAGAAAGCACAAGAGGACCUGUCCAAAAGAAAGGGAGCAUUUGUAUUGGACCUUACCCAGAAGACAAAGCUCCCGGAACACAACAGAUUGCAUAAGAAUAAGAAGCCCUUCUCCUGCCUCAAAUGCAGCAAGAGCUUCGCCAGGAAGGACGUACUUAAGGUCCACCAGCGCCUACACAACAGUGAGAGGCCCUUCCAGUGCCCCCAGUGUGACACCAGUUUCCGCCUAAAGAGGCAACUACUCAGCCACCAGCGCCUACAUAUAGGCGAUAGGCCCUUCCAGUGCCCCCAGUGUGACAGCAGUUUCCAUCUAAAGGAUGUUCUAAAAGCCCAUCAGUGCACACAUAGUGGAGAAUGGCCUUUCUCUUGCAGUGAAUGUGGCAAAGGCUUCAUCAGACAGCUCCACCUCACAGAGCACCUCCGAAUGCGUACGGGAGAGAAGCCUUUCCGGUGCCCCCAGUGUGACAAGAGCUUCCGCCUAAAGGGCACCCUCAAGGUCCACCAGUAUGUGCACAGCAGAGAUCGGCCAUUCUCUUGUGCUCUGUAA